AUUGCCUAAGACAUAGGGAACCCGGCUCCGUGUCAGCACUGGAGAAAAGGGGACGUCACCCCUUCUGAACUCUCCCAGCGUUAACGGUCGCUGCUUUUCGGAGUCUGCGGAACGCGGAGGCGCAGCGACGCAGCGGUGGGGGUGGGGGAGUGGAAGGAGGCAACAGCAGGGCGGCAGUCUGCCGGCUGCCAGGCGAGGUGAAAGGGUCCAUGUAACACGGCGGGACGACCGAGGAGAAGGAGAAGGGCCCUGCUUUGUUUUUGUCAAGCGUAGGCGGCUGCCGCUCUUUGUCGCCGGGUUGACUCUGGCUGUGCUUUUGGGAGAGGAGAAGGAAAAGAACCGGGACGGUGCAAGCGGCAGGGGGGAUUAGCGUGUCGACCUCGUACUCGGGUGGAAAAAAUCUGGAGAAGGGUUUCCUUUCAAGGCUGAGCUGGCACUGAGGAGCAGUGUGUUUGGCAGUGCCCUGCACCUCAGCCUGGGGUCACCUGAUGCUGCUGGGGCACAGGGCGGGAGGGUUUUCGCUCUCCAUUUCUUUGCUGAGCUCCCAUCAGUGCCCGCAGAGAGGAACUUUUUAGUCAUCUGGAUUUUUUGUGAGCUGAAGGAGAACUCGGAGCUACUUUGCGGACUUCGCUCGCAGGCGUUCGGAAAGCCGAAGACGGCUGUCUACCCCGAGAGAGAGCAGCUGGCUGUAGCAGAAAUGGACUGACCCCGGGGAUGACCCAGAGCUUCCCCUCGGCCCAAGGCGACCCCAGAGUCAGAAUCCUGUUGGCCUCCCUGCUGAAAACAAAAAUUCACAUCAUCCCAGAGGACCUUCAUGCGUCGGACGGGCCGAUCGACAACACCGUGGACAUGCACCGUCUGAACAGCAACCUGCCUGAGCGUGGGCGGCAGACCCAUCAGGUGCUACAGAGUACCCCCCUGGAUCUCAUUGAGACUGGCAAGGGGCUGAAGGUUCAAGCAGAGCGCCCUCAUCUGGUCAGUCUGGGAAGCGGCCGCCUGAGCACCGCCAUCACGCUCCUGCCCCUUCCUGAAGGACGGACGAGUUUGGGCAGUGGAAACACAGACAUCAGCAUCCAGGGACCAGGCAUUGCAGCUCAGCACUGCUUUAUUGAGAACCGAGCUGCAGUCAUUACCCUCCACCCCUGUGGAAACCAGUGUGCCAUUGACGGUCUCCCUGUCACGAAACCGGUCCAGCUGUCACAAGGCUGUAUGCUGUGUUUCGGUCAGUCGGCCUUUUUCCGAUUCAACCACCCAGAGGAGGCCUUCAGGAUGAAGAGCAUGAUGCCUGGAGCAAGCCAGAUCCCCAGUGGGGGCUUCAGGACCCACUCAGAUGCUGAGAGCCUGGUCAAUGGGAACCAUCACGCGGGGCUGCCAGACUCGCAUCCUGUCCCUCGCGAACGAGUACGCCCUGAGCACAGUGCACUGGUCAACUCCAUUGAGAAGGACCUACAGGACAUCAUGGACUCCCUGGCGAUGGAGGAUCCCCAGCCCUCCUCAUCCACCCGGCCCAAAAAGCCGACCUCCCAGCACGCCGCCGCUCAGUCUCCCGUCUCCCCCGUGGUGAAUGGUGGCGGUCGGUACCUGCUCUCCCCUCCCACCAGCCCAGGGGCCAUGUCUGUGGGCUCCAGCUACGAAAAUGCCUCGCCGCCCUUCUCCCCACUUUCGUCGCCGUCGGCAGCCAGCAGCGGCAGCUAUACCAGCCCUUCCCCAGGUGGUGGCCCGGACCAGAGCCCUGCCCUGCCCCCAGUGCCCAUCCGCUCCUCUAGUUACAACCACGUGAUGCAGCCACCCGUGCCCCAGCCACGGACUACACUGCCCGGCUACACAGGGGGUGCUGGCGGAGGGCCGAAGGUGCCUGACAGUCCCAGGCUUCAAAGGAAGGUUCUGCUGGAGACCCCUCCAAGUCCCACCCCUGCCCGCCGGGGCCUGGCCCAGGAUAGAGGUCCAGGCAGUCCCAGGUUGAAUCAAGGACUGCCUUCAGUCUCCGUUUCAGUGGCUCCUGGGGAUAUAGGGUCCCCGGACAGGCAUACGGUCCCCGGCAGUCCGAGACUCGCCCCGAAGUUUUCUAGCCCUUCUCAAUCUCCGGUCUCUAUCGGCCCGAGAGCAGCCCUCCUCCAGGAUCGCCCUCCAAGCCCCUUCCGAGAGACAGGGUCAGCUGACCUUUCGCUGGCUUCCAGUCCCUCCAGGCAGCUCUCCCAGCCCCAGCCCCAGAGAGCCUACCAGCCCCCUCUGGAUCCCAUUGUCCACAUUGUCCAGGGAGCUGUGCCCCAGCGGUCCCUGCAGCCUCCGGAGAGCCCUCGGCUAGCCCGCAGGAACCAGGAUGUUGUUAGUGGGGGGAGCAGCAUGCGCGAACUCCCCCCUCUGAGCCCCUCCUUGAGCAGGCGUGGGGUGCCAGUGCUGCCGGGGGCACUGCCCGGAACCUCGCCCUUGCCACGUCCGGCAGAUAGAACUGCGAACAAGCUUGUCCCAGAGAGCCCCCGGCUACGGCGCAAGGCCAGUUCCCCCCAAGAGGAUGGCUAUGGGAGCAGAGGGGUGCGAGCCCGGAGCCCCUCGCCUACUUCCGGCCUGCUGACGGAGAGCGGCGGACGGAAGGCCAGCUACGCGGGUGGCCUCGCUCCGGGAUUCGUCCUCGGCACCCUGCCUGGCACCUCUCCGCUGCCCAGCCCCCGAAACCACAGGAAGGCGUCGGUGGAGGGGGGGAGGCCCAGCUACAUGGGCAUGCGAGAGCGCAAGAACAGCAUCACGGAAAUCAGCGACAACGAAGAUGAGCUGCUGGAGUACCACCGGCGACAGCGGGAGGAGCGCAUGCGUGAGCAGGAGAUGGAGAGGCUGGAGCGGCAGCGGCUGGAGACCAUCCUGAACCUGUGCGCCGAGUAUAACAAGGGAGACGUCCCCGGCGGGGAGGGUGGGAGGCUGGCCUUCCAAGAGAUGGGGGGCGGCGAGGUGGGGGCCGGCAGGCAGACCAUGGAGAUUGCAGGGGUGUCGCCGCGGGGCCCGGUAAGGCAGAGGGAGAGCGACGAGGAGAACCUCAAGGAGGAGUGCAGCAGCACGGAGAGCACGCACCAGGAGCAUGAGGAUUCCUCCGUGUCGGGCGGUGCCGGGCGACAGGAGCUGGCCUACCUGGAGGAAGAGCGGGUUCGGGUCCUCGCCCGGGUCGAUGAGUUGAAGGCGCGUGUCACGGAGCUGGAGCAGCAACUACAGGAGUCCAGGCAGGAGGCGGAGAUGGAGCGGGCGCUACUGCAGGGCGAGCGGCAGGCCGAGCUGGAGCAGAUUGAGGCCGAGACGGAGAUCAUCACUCAGCUGCAGCACAAACUCAGCGAGCUGGAGAACGCCGUGCAGCGGGAAAAGGACAAGGCGAGGGCACACGUUGACGCGGAGCGGGAGGCCCUGGAGAGGCUCCGGGACGGGUACAAUGAGCUGAAGAGCCAGGUGCAUAACUGCCCUGAGUCACUGCGGGAGCAGUUGCAGGAGGAGCUCCGAAGGGAAGCCGAGGCCCUCGAGUCAGGAACCAAGCGGUUCGAAGACAUGGAGUUCCAGCAGCUGGAACGCGAGAGCAGCCUGGAGGAGGAGCGGGAGACCAUCAGCCAGCAGCUGCUGCAGGAGCGAGCCGAGUACCACAACAGCGUGGCCAAGAGGAAGGAGAAGGUCGCCGCGCUGGAAAGUCAGGCCAACCAGCUGGGAUUGCAGGCGGCUCAGGAGUGUGAGAGGCUGGCCAAGGAGAGGAAUAUCACUGUGCAGCUGCUUCAUAAGGAGAGGGAGAGACUGUCUGCCCUCGAGAAGAGAUACCUUCGCCUCAACGGCGGCAGGAGCUUCCCUAAGAGCUCCACGACCAUGAAGGAGGAAAUACUUCACAUCAGCGAAUGCGAUGAGCUCGAGGAAGCCUAUUCUCAGAACUCCCUCUGCCGACCCGCCACGUCCUACUUGCAAACGUCCUCCUCUCAGAUAUAUCCCAUCAGGCCUCACGAGGAGUACCUGAAGCUCUCCGACGUCUAUAAGAUGUAUGGGAGCAGGUGUCUCGAAGCCCCGACCGCCGCCGCCACCACCGCUACUGCCCCCGCGUCGCACUGCCUCUCGCUUGCCGUAGCCCCAGCUGCCCCCCGCGAGGAGUACCUCACCCUGAGCCAAGUGAACCAGAUCUUCGGGAUGCCGAAGGUCGACUCCUCCCCCACCUCUCCCAUCCAGUCAUUCCAGUCUGUUGCCGCAGACCCCGCCUUCUGCCACGCCACACCCCGUGGUUCCUCCCUCUCUCUCUCCACUGAGCCCGACUGGGGCAGGCCUCAGAUCCCCGCUCUGGAUUUAGAGCGCUGGUACCAGGAGGUCAUGGCUACUGGGGAGCCUGGCCCUCUCUCGACCAGCCAGCCCUGCCCUCCCCCUCUCCCAGCUAAAUCGCUGUCUGCUCGCCGGACAGCACAGGUGUACCGGUCCAAGCUGGACGACAGCGGGCCAGCAGCCUUGCGUACGAAAGUUGGAACCGGAGCUUCACCGCAGUACGGUGCUUCCACACUGGGUCGAAGUACAGCAAACAAGAGUCCCAUGACGCUACCUAAUAACACCGGCAGUCUACCCCGGAACCUGGCAGCCACCCUGCAGGACAUCGAGACCAAGAGACAGUUGGCUUUGCAGCAGAAAGUGCCCUUGCCCACUUCGGUUGACCCUCACCCCAGCAGCGACAGUCCCACAGGCCACCAGGUAAUCGAGGAGCAACGACGGCGCCUGGCAGAGCUCAAGCAGAAGGCAGCGGUGGAGGCGCAGUGCCAAUGGGAGGCGCUACACGGCUCCCAAACCCAGCUCAAUGUCCCCCUCCCUUCGGCUGGGCCUCCCAUGGUGCACCACUCCAUUCUGCACCACCAGCCACCUCAGGCUGGAGAGCGCGCUUACGACACAGUGAGCCUGGAAAGUUCAGACAGCAUGGACACCAGCGUUUCCACGGGAAACAACUCCGCCUGCUCCCCUGACAACAUGUCCAGUGCUAGCGGAAUGGACGCACUGAAGAUCGAGGAGAUGGAGAAGAUGCUGAAGGAGGCUCAGCUGGAGAAAGCCAGGCUAAUAGAGAGUCGGGAGAGGGAGACCCAGGCCCGCCGUCAGCUGCUAGAGGAGGAGCGCAGGAGGCGAGAGGAGGCAGAGCAGAGGCUCCAGGAUGAGGCAGUGCACCGACAGCAGCUCAUUGAGAAGGAGGUGAAGCUGCGGGAGAAGCAGUUCUCUCAGGCACGCCCAAUGACCCGUUACCUACCCAUCCGGAAGGAGGAGUUUGACCUGCGGGCCCACAUCGAGUCAUCCGGCCACAACGUGGAGACCUGCUAUCACGUCAUCCUCACGGAGAAGAUGUGUAAGGGCUACCUUGUCAAGAUGGGUGGCAAGAUCAAGUCAUGGAAGAAGCGCUGGUUUGUCUUUGACCGCCUCAAGAGGACGUUCUCCUACUAUGUAGACAAGCACGAGACCAAGCUGAAAGGGGUCAUCUACUUCCAGGCCAUAGAGGAGGUCUACUACGACCACCUGCGCAGCGCCACCAAGAGCCCCAACCCCUCGCUGACCUUCUGCGUGAAGACGCACGAUCGACUCUACUACAUGGUGGCCCCUUCUGCGGAAGCCAUGCGCAUCUGGAUGGAUGUCAUAGUAACAGGCGCCGAGGGCUACACUCAGUUCAUGAACUGAUGCGAACGCCCCUUGUCGUGGGCGCUGAGGUGCAACCUGCCCAGGACAGUGUUUCGGCAGGAACAUAUCAAGAAACUCGGGCAUCGAACUCAAGCCUUCAGCUCGGGCCUCAAACUCCCGGUUUUGGGGAAGCCUUUUUAAAUCCUGCGGUUUUUAAAUAAUUUUUAAGAACUAUAUGUUCACGGAACAGUAUGCAGUCCUGUUUGUUCAUCUGUGUCCUUUAUCUGUCUGCUUCUGCCUGAAGUUGGGGAAAAAGGGAUUUACUGAGGAUGGUAAAAAUUGCCAAAAGCCAAACCUUUAAAUUGAAGGCUUUGCGGGAAAACGCAAAGCCGCUGUUUCGUUGCCAACGGAGAGAUUCCGUUUAGCUCACAGGACCUCGUUCGGAAAAGGACCCAUUCGAAUAAAGACACUUACGUGGUGGAAAUUGUUAUUAGAAAUGAUUUACGCUCUUGUUUUCCUAGUCGAAUGGGAUAUAGCAGUGGGCCAACGACCUCAGACCCGUUUCCCGUCAGACAUUUCUCGUGAGACCGAGUCACUUGUUUGCCAGAACAUGGAUGUUAUAUGUAUGACCACAAUAUUCUACAUCAUUGUGACUGUAAUCACAAUUUAUAUCACUUUUUAUAUAAAUUCACAAAUUUCAUCUUUUUUUUUUUUUUUUUUUUAACCGGAUAACCAACUAACAAAACACGAAUCCUGAAAUGACUGCGCUGACACCAAAGCUCCGCUCCAUCUCAGGAAGCUGUCGGAAAUGGCACUGGUGCGGCUUUCGGGAUCACCGGUUCACUGUGUCCGUCUCGGAGUGCUGCCCACUUGCAGUUACGCAGUGAAACCACACACACACACACACACACACACACACACACACACACACGCACUGCUUUAACUCCUAAACCGGAGCUCUAUCCUUUACCGUAAACACUGCCAGCCUGCACCUCCACCUCAGCCACGGUGACCUGCUUAUACACAGAAAGGCAGCAGCGCUGUUGUAAUGUCAGAAGUCCUCAUAGGAAAAAUAAUCUUUAUAUUUAUUUCAAUAGAUAGAUAUAUAUGUAUGUGCCUUUAUAUCACUCCAGGGAUUUAUAAGAACUGUAUUACUUGUGGAAAGCUUAUUGGAAUUAGCAUCUCUAUGUGUUAAUGUCGUUUUUAUUUUGAAAACUUUCGUCGACUCUGAGCUGAGGCUUACGGGGCGGGGGUCUCGAGUGAAUAUAUAUAUUCUAAUUAUGGUUAAAUUGCAGUGCAAUAUGCGGAUAAGCAGGUGGAUUAGCAGUCUUGGAUUUUGUAUAAAUGACAAUGCCGGGGAACUUCUCAUGUUGUUUUCUGGCUUUUUCUGAGCGACAGUUGCACUUGCGUAAGUCGUUUGGGAAUUGCUGCUGUGCCUAAUAAUUCCACGCGGGACCGGCUAGCUCCAACGUUCACCCUUCCAAGGGCACAUCGGGACGAAAGAGAAGCGUCUCCAUCCAAGGGUAGCGCCGCCAAGCAAGCAGGAGUCAAUUUACACAGGGGUUUCCUCUUACUGAGCAUGUGUAGAGGAAGAGAAGAAUGAACCAAGAAAGUAUUUUUGAAAACGUGAAUAUUUUAUCUGUAGUUGUGAGGCUGUUUCGAGCUGGAACGUCGAGGUUAGCCUCUGUGUUUGUACUUUGGAAUUCUGCUGUCGCGGUUUCGUUUACGCCUCUCCUCCUUGAUUUGCGGGAGGACACCCCCCCCGUGCAGCCCAUCCUCGCACCGUCACCGGUCGGCGAUCCCAACACGGAGUGUGUUUAAUCCUAAUCCCGUCCGAUCCAAAGGUACUUCCUCCGCUCCGCCCAGUACUGUCACACGGAGACAACGUGGUCUAUAGCGUGUCUGUUCAUCGCAGCUGUUUCCAGUCACACCCAGUGUUAGUUUUUUUUUUCCGUUUUUAAGCAGUGUUAACACUCUGUGAGGUAGAUGCCUUUCUGUGUGUGUCACGUUUGUUGUUUGUGUCAAGGCAGAUGCUGGCAAGGGGCAGACCGUUCGCCGCGAGAUGGUGCCGAGUGUCCCGUUACCUCUCAUCCGCCUUGGUUGGCGUGAACGGCAGCCGUGCCGCAGGCCGCGUGUUUCCUAAGAAUCAGAUUGGCUCUGUUACAGAAACUUUGCGACAGCUAACUUUUUCUAGUCUCUAAUGGCAUGUGUUUGCCCCGUCACGCAAAUGCGGAGCCCGCUCAUCGUAUGUAUACUCC